AUGUCCUUAUUACUAUUACCUAACGAAACAUUAUUAAAUGUAUUUCUAAAGUUAAUUGAAAUGGGAGGAAUACGAGAUGUUUUUCGCGUUCAACGUGUUUGCAAAUUAUGGAGGUCGUUAUCACCUGCGGCUAUUGUUGACGCAUUUAAAGAAGGAAAACUUCGAGAUGGAUGGAAAAGUAGUGUUACGUUACAAGAUCAUUAUAAAGAAAAUUAUUCUUUCAUAGGAUGUUUUAAUAUUGAUAUAAAAUUAAAAUCUUAUGAUGAAGAAAGAAAGAUGGUUCAAUUUGAACUUGAAGAUAUAAUAAUAAUUAAGAAUGAAGCAAUGAAAAGACAUCUCAAUACAUUUAUGAAUGUUGAUCUUAAUAUAUUUGAUCAUAUUUUUAAUACAGGAUGUAAAGAAAUUGAAAUAAUUUUAAUUAAAAAAGAUAAAUUAAGAUAUAAAAAAUGUUAUAAAAACGAGAGUGGUAAACAAGUUAAAGUAGAAAAUACAUUAACCUAUUCACAAGCUCCUGUUAACGCUCUUAUUAAAGUACUUUUAACUAAUUAA